GCCAUGGGAGAUGUUUGGUUGCUUGUUUGUGUGCUGACGGUUUGUCUUGCCGAAGGUUCUUGUUUGUCAAUUCGAGAUAUAAAUGAAAGAUCUGGUGAAGGGCUGCAGAGGACAUCAAGAGAGCUGUCUCCCAAUGAUGCCUCCAUAAAGAAGGCCUUUGCACUCCUCCAGUCAAUCACGUCAUUGUUUGAGCAAGAAGAGCUGUCCCCCAAUGAUACCUCCAUAAAGAAGGCCUUUGCACUCCUCCAGUCAAUCACGUCAUUUUUUGAGCAAGAAGAGCUGUCCCCCAAUGAUACCUCCAUAAAGAAGGCCUUUGCACUCCUCCAGUCAAUCACGUCAUUUUUUGAGCAAGAAGUACAACUGGAAACCAAUGAAGUGGAAGCUGAUGCAUCAGUUGGUCAUCUGAAACAAAAGGCCCAGAGCAGGCCAGAAGACCUCAAAACGGAGAAGCAAGACUACGAGCCACAAUGGGACAAGAGCAACGAGACGGCGAGCGACCACAACGUCCACUAUGCCUCGCAGAACGAGACGGCGAGCGACCACUACGCCUGGAAGAACGAGACGGCGAGCGACCACUACGCCUGGAAGAACGAGACGGCGAGCGACCACUACGCCUGGAAGAACGAGACGGCGAGCGACCACUACGCCUGGAAGAACGGGACGGCGAGCGACCACUACGCCUGGAAGAACGGGACGGCGAGCGACCACUACGCCUCGAAGAACGGAACGGCGAGCGACCACUACAUGUUGAACGAGACUGCGAGCGACGUCUCCACUUGAUGCUCCAAUAAAGUAACCAUGUCUCUGACUGCAACUGCUUUUAUCUGUGCUGUAAAUAAACUCUUAACCACA